AUGUCAGCCCAAAACUCUGCCGGUAUUCAAACUCUGCUCGAGGCUGAGAGAAAAGCCCAUGAUAUUGUUCAAAAUGCUCGUACUUUCAGAACUCAACGUUUAAAAUCUGCCAAGGCUGAUGCUGCUUCUGAGAUUGAGGCUUACAAGAAGCAGAAGGAAGCUGAGUUCCAAAAGUUCGAGGCUGAUCACUCUGGUUCUUCCACUAAGGACGAAGAGGAAGCCAACGAGUCUGUUAAGUCUGAACUUGAGCACAUCAAAAAGCAGGCUGCUGAGGGCGAGGCCCAGGUCAUUGACCGUCUCCUGGAAGCUGUGUCUACCCCCACUCCUAAGCUGCACAUCAAUGCUUAA